AUGCAACCUCCAAACGAGACUAUCUUCCUGAAUGCCGAUGAGUCUGAUAUCAGUGUAUCCAAACACAGUUCUACCACUUCAUCAACCCUCACAAAUCACUCAUCCGUUGUUCUUGACUUGACUCUUGGUUUUAAUAAUAAUGAGAUUCCUAAAUCUAAUGGUUUAGAAUCAGGGUCCCCGACAACUGUCUCAGUACCAGCUAAACCACGUGUAUUCUCUUGUAAAUACUGCAGGCGUAAGUUUUACAGUUCACAGGCAUUGGGAGGCCAUCAAAAUGCACACAAGAGAGAGAAGAUGCUUGCGAAUAGAGCCAUCAAGAUGGGACUGAUGUCCAGUAGAUUUACCAGUCUCGCAUCUUUGCCUCUUCAUGGGUUCACAUCUCGGUCUCUGGGUAUCGAAGCUCAUGGCUCGUUGCAUCAACAUGUUGUGCCUCCGCAGAUGCCGAUUUUUCAUGCAGUGAGAGGUGGAACAAGGUUUGACCAGAGCUAUUGUGGGAUACCGGUAUUUGUGGAAGAAGAUGAAGCUGAACUGGUUUGGCCUGGUAGUUUUAGGGAGAUUGAUGGGACGCCUUCAGAUUCAUCUACAAUGCCAGAUCUUACUCUCAAACUUUAA